GCGGGGGGGCGGCCGAGCCCGCCCCCUGCGCCCGCCGGGCCGCGCUCGCCGCUGUCCCCGCCUGCCUCCGCCUCCAGCUCCGCCCGGGCGCUGGGAGCGGCGGCAACUUCCCCUCAAGUCCGCCCGGCGGCUGGGGGACGAUGCGACCCAGCUGAGCGCGGCCCGAGAGGGGCGGGCGCGCCGAGGAGAGGCAGCGUCGGCAGCAGCGGCAGCCCCGCCGCCCUAGUCUGAGUAGCCCGGCAGCCGCCCGCCUCAGCCCCCUGCCCUUCCCCGGUCGGGGCGGGAGCCGCCGCGGCCGUCCCAUGUCCCGCAAGGCCAGCGAUAAUGUGGAAUACACGCUGCGGAGCCUGAGCAACCUGAUGGGCGAGAAGAGGCGGCGGCAGGCGGACGGGGCCGCCGGCUCGGGCGCGGCGGCGGGCGAGCGGAGCCUCAUCGCCGCCGAGUCCUGUUCCAGCCUCAACAGCGCGGCGUCGGGCGGAGAGCUGGAGCGGGCGGCGCGGCGCCAGUUCCAGCAGGACGAGACCCCCGGCUUCGUCUACGUGGUGUCGGUCUUCUCCGCCCUGGGGGGCUUCCUCUUCGGCUACGACACCGGCGUGGUGUCGGGGGCCCUGCUCCUCCUCAAGAGGGAGCUCAACCUGGACGCGCUCUGGCAGGAGCUGCUCGUCUCCAGCACGGUGGGCGCCGCCGCCCUGUCCGCCCUGGCCGGCGGCGUCCUGAACGGGCUGUGCGGCCGGCGGCCCUGCAUCCUGCUGGCCAGCGGCCUCUUCACGGCGGGGUCCGGCGUGCUGGCCGCCGCCCGCGACAAGGAGACGCUGCUGGCGGGACGCGUGGUGGUGGGGCUGGGCAUCGGUGUAGCAUCUAUGACUGUGCCAGUGUACAUCGCAGAAGUGGCUCCGCCGCACUUACGAGGCAGAUUAGUCACCAUUAACACUCUCUUCAUCACUGGAGGGCAGUUUUUCGCAAGUGUUAUUGAUGGAAUCUUCAGCUACCUCGCGAAGGAUGGAUGGAGGUACAUGCUGGGCCUGUCAGCUGUACCAGCAGUUAUACAGUUUCUUGGAUUCCUAUUUCUUCCCGAAAGUCCCCGCUGGCUCAUUCAGAAAGGCCAGACUCAGAGAGCACGGAGAAUUUUGUCUCAAAUGCGUGGCAACCAGGCAAUUGAUGAAGAGUAUGACAGUAUCAAAAACAACAUUGAAGAAGAAGAAAAAGAAGUUGGAGCAGCUGGACCUGUGAUCUGCAGAAUGCUAACAUACCCUCCAACUCGAAGAGCCUUAAUUGUGGGUUGUGGUCUGCAGAUGUUUCAACAACUGUCAGGGAUUAACACCGUCAUGUACUACAGUGCUACCAUUUUGCAGAUGUCAGGAGUGGAAGAUGACAGGCUUGCAAUCUGGCUGGCUGCACUGACAGCAUUUAUAAACUUCAUUUUUACUCUUGUGGGAGUCUGGCUUGUUGAAAGAAUGGGUCGCCGGAAACUUACGCUUGGUAGCUUAACAGGUACUGCUGUAGCACUCAUUAUCCUAGCUUCGGGAUUUUUGCUAUCAGCUCAGGUGUCGCCAAGAAUCACACUUAAUCCACCAGAUCCUUCGCAUCAAAACUCUACCUGCACAAAAUACAGUUAUUGCAAUGGAUGUAUGUUAGAUCCAGACUGUGGUCUCUGCUACAAAUUGAAUAACUCAAGUGUUGUUGAGUCCUCAUGCAUUCCUGUUGAUAAAGAUUCUACAAUGAAAGCAGCUUGGGGCAGGUGUUCAAAUGAAACCGUAUUCAAAAAGGAAGAUUUAUUUUGGGCAUACAAUUUCUGUCCCACUCCGUACUCUUGGACAGCACUUCUGGGCCUUAUUUUGUAUUUGGUUUUUUUUGCACCUGGGAUGGGUCCUAUGCCCUGGACUGUCAAUUCUGAAAUUUAUCCACUUUGGGCUAGAAGUACAGGAAAUGCGUGUUCUUCUGGAGUCAACUGGGUUUUCAAUGUGCUCGUGUCACUGACAUUUCUGCAUGCAGCUGAAUAUCUGACAUACUAUGGAGCCUUCUUCCUCUACGCAGGGUUUGCUGCCUUGGGACUGGUUUUCAUCUACGGCUGCCUUCCUGAGACUAAAGGGAAAAAACUGGAAGAAAUUGAAUCUUUGUUUGAAAACAGGCUAUGUACAUGUGAGAAAUAUUUUUGGAAAGAAAACAUUUUAAGAACUCCUUCUGUGACUUGACUGGGGCUAAGAGGGAAAAACAUAGUAGACAGAGGGAAUUUCAAAUUAAUCUUUGCAAAGAGCAGCUCGACCUUGAACGUCUCCUGUGUGGUGAGAGGGCUGGAUUCUUACGCCUUCCAUUUUGCCUCCCUUUUAAGCGCACAAUAUUUUUAUGCUUGAAAGCACCAGCUGUAGAAAAUGCUGAGGUCUCCAGAUCUAUCUGUUGAAAGUGCUGAGGUCCUCAGACCUCCCUACAAAUUCCCCUGCUGUGGGAUGUCUCCCUUUGGCUGUCACCUCUUUGAAGCCUUCACUGAAGGUGCAGUAUCUGAAAUGAGAAAAAGAGAUACUUGGCACAGAGAAGAACAAAAUCUUUUCAAGGAGACAUUAACCUUUUUCUGAAACCAAAAAAUUGUGUUUGAAGCCCAAUAUUGGAUGCAGUUUUGUUACCUAGAGCAGUGUGUGAAUAGGUGUGUAACAGCCAACCUGUGCUUACACACUUGAGAGGUUUAAGUGGCUAUUUUCUGGCUUCCGGGAUGGGGGACUUAGGGUUCUGAUGGUCCCAAAAGCACGAGCCCACACUCACCUUCACACCUGGGAGCAUUCCCUUGCUUGGUGUGUUUUACUGGAGCAGGAGCAAGGCAGGACCUGGUGUUCCUGCCCCGUGUCAGUGCUCACCUUGUGUCCAUAGGGAGAGGGAACGCUGCAGGUAUGGGCAUAACUGAAGUGGAGCUGCUGGAAAGGUCACUGGCAUGGGGUCAGCAGCCUCUUCUCUUUUGCAGGCAGUGCUGGGGCUUUUUAGCAGCAGCAGAUCAUCUCUCUCUGCCAGCCUUGUUUCGUGGACCUUCCCAAAGGGGCGCUCAGUCGUGUACAGCACUGGGCUCAUUUUCUCACGCAGGUUCUGUCUUACUGAAAAUGGUUUUCUGAAGGUUUGUAUCCCCUGUCCUUUCUCACAAGACACAGCAAUUGAAACAUGCAUUUUAUUCCUCACUGCUACUGGUCACGAGGAUACAAAAUACAUUGGAUUCUUUAUUGUCCCUCCCUGUUCUGCGCCCACGGAGAGCAGGGUUUAAGUCUUCCUUUUAGGGUUUCUUCACACCAAGACAGCAUUCCAUACUUUACAAACACUGAACAUAAACCAAGAAUCACGUGUAUUAAAAAUUAUAUCAGAUACUUCGAAUUAAUCUUACACAGUUAAGGUUUUAUUUUUAGAAUCUGUGAGCAUUUAGAGUUUAUGAAGAAAAUUAGAAAUAUAUAUCUAUUUUGCAAAUAUUUUUUAUAUUUAUUAGUAUUUUAAGUUUUAAGAGAUUUUUUCUAAAGGUAGACUUAGUAACAUUCCAGAUAAAAGAAUAAAAAUACAAUGUAACCCAAUAAUUUCUUACUACAAGAUUUUAAUUUAUGAAGUAGCAUAAAUAAUAUGUCUAAGCACAAUAUUCUUUUAUUGAAAGCUUUUUGUAGAAGAUGUGAAAUUGUUUCUUCACAAGGACUGCAGACUUAAUUCAGGUAUUCUGUGUAUCAGGAAUGCUAGAGUAAUACUUCUGGUAGAUGAUUAUACACAACAAUUGGAGAUCUUCUAGUUCUGAAUUAUCUACCAACUCUACAUGUAGUGAGCUAACACCAAGUAUAAAAGAAACAGUCCUGAUACAUUUUUAAUAUUUUUAAAUUUAAUUCAUGUUAAUUUGCAUAUAGUUGUUUGUUCACCAUGCUGAGUAAUUUGAGAUAAUUUGGCACUUUUCUUCCCCUUUGUCACUUUGUUGAUCAAAAUAAUAUUUUAACAAAGGAACCAAACCUGUUUUGAAAAUAGAGUCAAAGCAAGCCCAGGAAUCAUUUGGAGGGCUGGAGUUGCAUUGCUGUGUGGGCACCUUGGAUCGGUCACUCUUGUAGACAUUUCCUUGGGAGGUGCAGUGACAACUCCGGCAGAAAUCAUGGGGCAAGAAAGGGAAAAUCACAAAGGACCAUUGCUCCAACACUAACUUAUUGUUGCAUGGGUUGAUAAUGCUGCAUUUCACUCGGGUAGGAGUUAGGGCUGGGACAGGAGAAGAAGGAAAUGAUGCAUCAAAAGCACCACAAAGUCAAAUUUCAGUAGGAAUGGGUGUUGUAGCCAUGCUCUGACUUCUCUCCCUUGUGGGGUGAGGAUGAUGGGGUGAGGGACUGUGCUUGGUCCUGUGGAUAGGAAUGGAGGGCUGUCAGGGGAAGAAGCAAUCUGGUGUUGCUCUCCCAUGCCUGUGUGGAGGUGAGGAUGUGGCAAUGGAGUUGGCAAAGCUAGUAUGUUCUUCCUCGGUGAAAUCUCUUUUGCCAUUCGUAGUCACUUGAGCUGAGCACGGGGGAGAAGUUUUGACCUUCAGGGGCUGCUAAAGGCUUUGAGGAAAGGUCUUGCCUUAGGCCAUGGGAGUAUUGGGUGUAGUUCCACAGGCAUUCAGUGGGCAAGGAAAAGACAGACCCUGUACUUCUCUGCUUUUUACCCAGCUUUCUACUUCUGGUUGAUGCUCUUCUAACGUGGUUGUUUUGAAAUUUUACUUGCAUAAGGGGCUUUGUUGGCUGAACAGCACUACUGCAAAAGAGGCAGAAUAUUUACAGCAGAGAAUGACCUUGGGGUAUAAAUCAGGGCAGAAGAGACAGUUCUGCAAAGCACUUUAAUGAGUAAGAUAUGUGUGCACUAUUUUCUGAGAGAAUCAAGCUAACCAAACCCAUUCCUCUGCAUUGGGAAGAAAAUCAAGCUUUGUGUACCAGGCCAGAAGCAGAUAAUGCCACAAUAUGUGCUUUAUGGCAAAAUGUGUUUUUAUUGCGGGUAACAUUUACAGCUUACAUGUAGCUGCUGCCUAUAAAGUGACUCAAUUGUUCUCUGGAUUUUAAGAAGUCAUACUUUUGUGCAAAAAUCUUAGUGGUUUUCUAUCAAUCUUCAUCACCUUGUGUACAGUACAGUUAAGCAUAAUCCACAAGUGGUCUAGAUUGUGGCAGUGUUACAAAUGUCAGCACAGUAAAAUUCUAGGUGAACAUUGUUAAAGAAAUAUUGUUGUUUGUGAUACUGGGGGUUAAAAUUCCUCAAAGGCAACUAUAUAUAUAGAUUUUAAAAGUCUGAAAACAAAAAGGCAGUUCUUAUCUAUUUUGUGUAUGUUUUCAUAUAGAGAAGGAGUUUUUUAUGUGCCAAUAACCAUCACUGUAGUGUUUUGUAAAUGGGUGUUAAUAGUGUUGCAGAGUUCUGUAUAUGAGAAUAUACUUUAGCCACAAAGACCUGUUAGUGUGAACCAGCGGCAUGUUUUUAAUCUUACUCACACCUCUCAUCAGAGGUGCUCACUUGUUGGCUUCAGUAGAGCUCACUCAUGCCAGGGGAAGUUUGACAAGAGUCAGGCCUCAAGAAUACAGACUUCAUCUAAAUCCAUGCUUUUUCACAUUGUCCCUAGGUAGUAUGUUACAUGUGAAUGAUCUGCCACAUGUAAUUUUAAGGCUUCAACUCCAGUUCAGUUGCUUCUUGAUUUUGUUGAGAAAAAUUUUGUCCGAAUUUGCUUUGGCCUUUCAUCACAUUUAUAUAAAUAAGGAGCAUACUGAUGAAUUAUGACUAUUGUCCACCUAUUUGUAAAGGAACCAUCUGUUUCUGAAGUGUUAAAAUAAAGGCAAAUUUCUCUGGCUGCCUUAAACAUUACACAGACUUCAGAGAGGACUGAAUGUAUGACCAUCAUCGUGACUUCUGCAGGAGAAGCUUCAUGGAUCCUCAGCAGGUAUGAAACGAGAUGGUUUCAUGGUGCUGGGAUGCUGUGUUACACUGCGGGCCCUGCCUAGUGCACGCCUGCCAUCUGUUUGAUUUCAAGUGUUCCAACAGUCCCCGUGAAACUGAUAGGAUUAUUCAUGUGCUUGAUACUCUCCAUGUGCUCAGUGUCCUGCUGGUCCGGGACGUCGCUGGGAAGUGGCACGAGUCAUGUCUCUGCUUUCCAUUGUGAAUCUCACUCCUCUACAAAAUGGUUAACUGGAUCUUUGUGUGACAAAUGCUGUGUAGAAUAUUCGAGACAUUAUUGGGGACCAAGUUGAUAGUAAUAAUUCCAUGCUGAAUAAUGUGCACAUGGUGCCAUCAGGCACACUGUAAUCCCUGGGCACGGGUUAUGGUAUUUAGUACAAAACAGGUUUUGGCAAAACAAUUUGCUAGGUCGUCCAAGUCAUUUCUUAACCAUGUCAAACAUGUGCCAUUUCCAUUUCCAACCAGUCAAGCCUAUAAUGUAUGAAAGUGUUGUACAUUUUCUGAAACUUAAGUGAUGUAAAAUUAUUUAAUUGACUUAUGAUUGCUUUAAUGAAGUUUGUCUUUACAUAAAAAUAAAUAUCUUCAAAGAACUGUCAGUGCCAGAAGUGUAAAUGAACAAAAUAAAAGGUGAGAUACUUA